AUGUCGACCUCUAUCCUCUUCCACGACGCCACCAUUAUCACGUUUGACGACGCCACCAAGCGCAUCAAGAUUGUCGCGCCCGGCUCGCUGUGGGUCCAGGACGACCGCAUCGCCGGCAUCUACGACGCCGACACGCCGGUGCCGGCCGACCUGCCCGCCAACACCGAGAAGGUCGAUGCCACCGGCAAGAUCAUCUCGCCCGGGUUCGUCGACACGCACCGCCACGGCUGGCAGACGGCGUUCCGGUCGAUUGCGGCCAACACGACGCUGCCCGAGUACUUUGUGCGCUACGGCCAGUAUGCCGCCCUCGGCGCCUUCACGGCGGACGACAUCUACGCGGGCCAGCUGGCGGGGCUCUACGAGUGCCUGAACGCGGGCGUCACCACGACGCUAGACCACGCGCACCACUGCUGGGACGCAGCCACCUCCAAGGCCGGCCUGGACGCGUCCAUUGACAGCGGCCUGCGCGUGUUUUGGUGCUACACGUUCCACGACCUGCCCAACGGCUACGACCAUGCGCAGCAGCUGCAGGUGGCCGAGCAGCUGCGCACCGACGCGCGCCUCAAGACGUCGCCGACGGAGUUUGGCGUGGCGUACGACGGGUGGGCCAUGAGCCCGCCCGAGACGGUGGCGUCGGUCGUCGAGUAUGUCACGACCAAGGGCGUGGACGUCCUCACGACGCACUCCCUGGGCGGUCCGUGGGUGCUGGACCACGGCCCGGAGGUGCUGGAGAAGCACAAGGUGCUCAACACGCCCGUGCCCGUGGUCAUCUCGCACGCGUCGUUUGUGAGCGACAAGGACGUCGCGCUGCUGCGGUCGUCCAACCAGUACGUCUCCAUCACGCCCGAGUCCGAGAUGCACUACGGCCACGACCACGAGCACAACCACGAGUUCCUGGACCAGUGCGCCCUCGGCGUGGACACGCACUUUACCUUCUCGACCGACAUGGUCCAGCAGGCCCGCCUCUGGCUGCAGGUCACGCGGCGCACCCUCUAUCGCGAGAAGCUGGCCCAGAACACCAUCGGCCACCCCAACCCGUUUGACGUCGAGCAGGCCUUUUACCUCGCCACCGUCGCCGGCGGCCUCGCCCUGCGCCGCCCCGACCUCGGCGUCAUCCGGACCGGCGCCAAGGCCGACCUCGUCGUCUUCGACGGCGACUCCCCCAACAUGCUCGGCUUCGUCGACCCCGUCGCCGCCGUCCUGCUGCACUCCAACGUCGGCGACGUCCGUCACGUCCUCGUCGACGGCCGCUGGCGCAAGAAGGACGGCGUCCUGCAGCCUGCCGCCAACACGGGCGCCGACUGGGCCGCCACCAUCAAGCCCACGUUCCUCAAGAGCGCCCGCGGCAUCCAGGAGCAGUGGGCCGCCCGGCCGCUGCCGACCAUCGAGGACAAGUUUUGGGGCGUGACGCCGCACGCAGUCAUCGACAAGGUGAAUGUGGUGAGGAAAUAG